AUGGGGACAUGGUACAUGUACUUUCCCUUCUUCUCGAGCGAGGUGAAGUGCGGCGCGGCCGCACUCGACGUGGCAGAUCGACAGAACGCACACAGCAUGACACUCGCUGUUCGAGGAGUCGUGGAAUUGUUCCGACUCGUCACACGCGAGAAAGAGCUCCAUCGACAGAUUCUCGCCUUUUCCAUCUCAUACGAUCACCGAUCGGUUCGGAUUUAUGGCCAUUAUCCUGUGAUUGAGGACAAAAAGACCACGUUCUACCGUCAUCCGAUUCGUACUUUCGACUUUACUGAAUUGGAUGGCAAAGAGAAAUGGACGGCAUACAAGUUUACCAAGAGUGUCUAUGAUAUCUGGAUGCCGGCUCACUUCAAAAGGCUUUGCUCGGCAAUCGAUGCCAUACCACCCGAUAUACAUUUCAACCUCUCGGAAGAAUCCGAUCUGCAGUUCUCCACAUCAUCUGGACUCUCAAUAGUUAUAAUUUAA